UCCCUAUUGUAAUUCUGCAAUCACCCAAGGACCCAACCUUAGUAUUCCCUCAGUUUUGGCUCUUGUCUCUGUGUCUUAGCCAAGUCAGCGACUCACUCCGAGCUUGCAUUACUGCGCUAUCGACAUGGACGCGGUACACACUGUAGGCCCUAUACCGGUACAAUCAACACAUACACACGCACGCACGCAUAGCCCAGGAAACACAGCCAGGGAGGCCGGGGGAUCCGGGGGGAAGGGAUCCAGGUCACCAAACCGCUUCAUCUCGUUCUCAGCCAAGUCAGCAGCCGCUACGACUCACGAGAUUGCCAAUGCCCAAGGUAUCGAAUCCUGCCGUUUCCGGCCCCUGGGCACACGUCUCGUAUUCUCUGGGCAACGGCGUCUGUUGGCAGCUCUACAUCACAGAUUUGAGUUUAGACAUAUUCCCUCUGAACCUCAUAAACGUCCGAGUUUGCUCUUUUGGUGUUGGGUUUGACAUCCUGCUGCCGUUCCGCUCAUUUUCUCAUUUUCUUCAAUAGACACGAACAAUCGUUCUCGACUCCAUCAUCCAUCACUUCUCCAGCCUGCUUCCCCGGUCCAGACAGACAGACCCCUUGAUCUGCACACACCAGAUAAAACUAGAUACCCGC